AUGCAGAGAAGAAAAACAAAAGUUUUUAAUGCUCCUGCUGCAAAAGCUUUGUCUUUUGAUGCCACCGAUAAAGCCAUAAAGAGAGUGAUAGCACCAUACGUUAAAGUAGUUAGAAGAAGUGGAAAAGAAGCCCCUUCAGAACGGGAAUACCAAAAAUUUAAUUUCUAUGUACAGAAUAAACCCAGCGUAUUACUUCAGGAUUUAUCAGCAUUUUUAUUAGACAAUGUAGACUUGAUAACGCUGUUACAUGAAACAGGAGAUGUGUUAAAGUCUACCACAAGAGCAUAUGGUGUAACAAUAUACAUGGUGGACUCGGCAUCAGAAGAAAUUUAUCAAAGCCAAAAGAACUUUCUAAGCGAAAGACACAAGGUAAAUUGGAAAAUUCAGAAAGGUAGUAUUGUUGCUGCCUAUGUUGCAUUCAGAAAAGAAUAUGUCAUGGUGGAUGACAUUUUAGGUGACGAAAGAUUUCCUGCAGGCUUAGGUUACCAAGGAGAAAUGGUAAAGUCUGUAUUAUGUGUACCGAUAAUGACUCCGGAUGGGGAAUGUUAUGCAAUUAUGGAACUAUAUCGAGAUGUGACGCAACCACCUUUUAGCAAAGAAGACUUGAAAAUAACAAUUGUUGUGACGGGUUGGAUGGGAGCAGCUAUUCAUCAAAAUCGUCUCAGAUUAGCUUUGCAGAAACAACAGGAAUUGAAUGACUAUCUUUUAGAUUUAACUAAAUGCUAUUUUGCUGAAACAGUCGCUAUUGAAAAGAUGAUUACUGAAAUAGUAAAAUUUGCAAAAACGACUUUAGCCGCAGAACGAGGUUCAUUUUUUAUAAUUGAUGAGGAAAGUGAAGAUCUAGUAGCAGAAGUUUUUGAUGAGGGAAUGGAUGAUGAAGAAACCACGUUAUACAAGAAAAAUGUAAAGGUCCGUCUUUCUAGAGAUCGGACCAUAGCAGGUUUGGUAGCUCGAACAGGAGUGACAGUUAAUAUAAGGGAUGCCUACAAUGAUCAGAGAUUUUGCAUGAAAGUCGAUGAGAAUACUGGUUUUAUCACUAGAUCAAUACUUUGUAUGCCCAUAGUUAGUGUGGAUAAUAUUUUGGGAGUUGUACAGGUGGUCAACAAAACAAAUGGGGUUUGUUUUACUGCAGCAGAUGAAAAUUUAUUUAAAACUUUCUCUGUCUAUUGUGCGCUGGCUUUGCAUUAUACAAGAUUACACAACAAAAUGUUGAAAACGGACAGAAUUAACGAGGUCAAUUUAAGGUUACUUAGGUUACAGCUGAAGCCAUGUAUACACGAUAUGGAAUAUUUUAUUCAGAAACCGGAAACAAAUAUUCCAUAUAACUUUAGCGAAUUCCGUUGGUAUGUAAGCCCAGAAGAAUACACAGAAAUGCCACAAUACGUACUUCACAUGAUUUCACAGGUUGUAAAUAUGAAAGAUAUAGAUCUUCAUAGAAUGAUCGAAUUUAUAUUAUCUGUAAGGAAGUGUUAUCGGAACAACCACUAUCACAAUUUCGAGCAUGCAUUCAAUGUUGCCCAUUGCAUGUACAACAUCUUGUGGAGAAAUCUUGAUAAGUUCUCAGAUCUUGAGCGUAAGUCUCUGAUAAUGGCUGCUUUGUGUCAUGAUUUAGACCAUGGUGGAUUUACAAAUAACUUCCUACAAUUAACUGAUGAUACACUAGCAUUGUUAUAUGAUGAAUCUCCACUAGAAAAUCACCAUUUUGAUGUUGCCAUGACAAUUUUAAGUGGAUGUACAGUGUUUAUUGAUAUGCCUGCAGACACAUAUAAAAAGGUUCUACAAGAAAUUAAGGAAGCUAUUCUUGCAACUGAUCUGGCAAGUUACUUCAAGGUUCGGGGUAAAUUAGAACAAUUGAGAAGUGAGAACCUUUUAAACUGGAAAAAUGAUCGACAUAGAAUGCUCUGUAAAGCCAUCAUGAUGACAAGUUGUGAUCUCUCUGGUUCUUGUAAACCAUUUCAUGUAGCAAAAAACAUUUGUGACAACGUUCUCAAAGAAUUUUAUAAUCAGGGUGACUUAGAGAAACAAAUGGGACUUAAUCCUUUAUCUCUUAUGGAUCGUGAGAAAUCUCAAAUGGUACCGGAAGAUCAAGUUCAGUUUUUAUCAUUUGUUGUAAUACCUUGUGUAGAGCUGAUGAAGCAACUUCUACCUAACACGCAAGAUCUCUACCUGGAAGCCAUGACAUUACGAAGCACAUGGCAAGAAAUCAUCCAAUUAAAGGGGCAAAAAAGUUGGAGACAGGACGAUUCACUGGUAGAAAAACAGGAAUACGUAUAAAUAAAUUUAUUGGAUUAAAUAUAUAACUGACAAUGACUAUACAUACAUAGCCUAAUUAUUUAUUAUACAAAUUUUUUGUUAAAGCUUAGAAUAAAAUAUCCCGAAUAAAAUGUGUAGAUAAUCAUUUUCAUACAUCUUAUAGAAAAAUCAGUUCAUUUAGCUCUUACCAGUUUUCCCUAAAAUUUAUAAUAUCCUUACAGAAAAAAAAAACAGAUCAAAUAUCAAAUAACAAACAUAUACAAAUAUAUUAAAUAU